GUGUUAGUCAACUAUCUUGCUAACGGAGCAAACUACAACAAAUCACUGAGCAAAAAACGCACGAGCCUACAGAGGUCAUUCUCCGCUCUACUGGUUGAAUUAACCCAUCCCUGUUACUGCAAUGGACGGCUUUGAUUUAAAUUCGUCAGAAAAGGCUGAUGCUUCAGAGCUCCAAAGGAUGAUCGCAAUUGAACAACAGAAAGCGCAGUUUCAGGCCCAGGUGCAUAACUUCACAGAUGUCUGCUGGGACAAGUGCAUGGAGGGGAGCCCGAGUUCAAAACUGGAUUCACGGACAGAGACUUGCCUCGUGAACUGUGUUGACCGCUUCAUUGACACUACCUUGUCUAUAACCAACCGGUUCACGCAGAUGGUGCAGAAGGGUGCCCAUUGAUGGGAGCUAGACUAUGGGAAAUGGACUCUGUUUUAUUUUGUAAAAGAACUGCGUUUUAUUUUGUAAAAGAACUGCAUUAUGUUUCCUUUAUGUCUCGAACCCCUAACACCAUUGCCUAAUAUGCUGAUAUGCCACAGUACAAUUAUUAAAGAGGUAGGCCUAAAUUGGACAUGAUAUAGAAUCACAAAGUUUUUGGUUGCAAUACAGCUUUAUUAAAAUAACAUUUUUAAAAAGUAGUCCCAAUAACUACACCUACACCAUGCUGCUCAUUACAUCUAUGUAAUGUAUGUGUGACAUCAUCAUUUGACAUAGUUUUCUUUCCUACAAUACUUUAGUAUGUGUAACAAAAUUGCCAUUUUAAAACAGUACACACAAAAAUAAUAAAGUUUAGAAAGGGGAAAAGGUAUGAACAAUAUGCCCUGAAGUGUACUUGUAAAUAGGCCAGUAAACAUGUUCAGUUCUGUUUAAUUUCAUCCACACUCAUCUCAUGUUGUGCCAUUCAUAUUGAGUAAAGCAGAACACAUGUAUACUAGCGAAUGCAUCAUCAGACAGUACUAAAAAAUGUCACAAAAUUGUAUUGUUUUUGGUUUGGCCAUUGAAUUUCAUCAUUUCGUUUGUCAACAUUCAACCUUUAAUCAUGGCUUCUCAAGCUAUUCAAAAUACAAUCGAUGUCCCCAGGCCCCAGAUGUCUAUCAUGCCAGGUUACUUAUGUUCCUGGCUGCCCUUAGUGCAGAUUUCAUGGCAGUCUCGAUCCAAGCGUGAGGUAGGGCCGUAUGCUCCCCAGCAAAGUGGACUCUGCUCUCAUUCCUGAACAGGUCCGAGGCGUAGUCCGUCUGCUGGUAAGGUGUGUAAAUGGCAAAAGCCCCCAGGCUGAAGGGAUCCAGCCCCCACUUCUUCACCAACCCUCCAGUGCAGAGAGGUCGUAUAGCCUCCCCAUGGAUCUUUACCAGGUCAUCCAGCACCAAAGCCUUCAGUUCAUCCUCGCUGACCCCCUGGAACAGAGUGGAGUCAUCGGAGCAGGUGUAGGAUGCCAGAAGAGCCCCCCCAGCCGUGCCUGGGAAGCUGUGGCUAGGGUAGUAGAUGAAACGAGAGGGGAGAUCUGUGAUGCUCUUCCCCCCUUUGAUGCCCUCCUUUUCCCAGAAUCGCUCACUGAAGCUGAGGACCACCUUGGUGGAGCUGGCGUAGUGCACGGACCGCAGGGCCUCCAUCUUCUGGGGUGACAGCGGGGGUUGGAAAUCCAUGAAGAGGGUAGCCUUCGCUGUAGCUGUCACCAGGGCAUAGUCUACUGUAAGGUUGGUCAGGGAGGAUGGAUUGCGCCAGUCCUGGUAGGAUACGGUUACGUUGCUGCUGGUUUGACUGAUGAGUCGGACCUUGGAGUUGAGAAGAAUGGUACUGUUGAGGGCCUGGUAAAAUGCCCUCGGUAAAUGGUCAAACCCAUCAGUGAUCUCGUAAUAGCUGAAAAACAGAGAACAUUCCACUACUUUAAUACACUACUUAACAAACACUAGAUGUAGGGCGGGGUGUCUAAUUUGGUUAUAUGUGCAUAAUGCUGUUCUUACACAGUGUUGUCGUUAAUAUCUGACUGAAUAUACAGCAUCUCAGUAAGUGAUGCGUAAAAGAGGCUGUUCUCAUUCAGGAUAUCUCCAAUCAUGCGCAUGGCACCACGACUCAGGUUCCCCUCCUUCACGAGAUACUCCUAUCAGAAAACAACACUUAUUAAAAUUGCUGAAAUAAGGCAAAGUGCAUACCAAUUUAGCCUAUAACAAUAAUCCUGCAUCUUGUUUGAUGGUUACCUAUAAACAACCAAGUGUUUUCUUA